GGGCGGUGAGGGGCCAUGACGGGAGGCGGGCCCUGAGGGGACAGCGGGACGGAGGCCAUGGCGGCGGCAUCCUGAGGGGAGACCCCCGCCGCCAUCGCGGUCCCUGGCAGUGGCCCGGCCCCUCCUGCUUAAUGAGGGCUUGGAGGCGGCCGUGAGUCACCCCCCUGCCCGGGGCUGGCUUAGGGAAGAAGGAGGAGGAGGAGGAGGAAGGAAACAACAACAACAGCAGCAGCAGCAGCAGGAAGAGGGCCAACCUCCUCAGUCCUCCUGAUCCACCUGGCCCUGCCGCUCCUUUUUGCCUUCUCCUCCUCCUCCAUCCCCACCGAAUUCCCAUCCCAUCCCGCCCCUUCGUCCAUCCCCGGGAUUUUCCCAGUGGGAGAAGCGGCCCACCCGCCAACAUGUCCAGCGGCGUCCCGGCCGACAUGAUAAAUUUGCGCCUCAUCUUGGUGAGUGGGAAGACGAAAGAGUUCCUGUUUUCUCCAAAUGACUCUGCAGCAGAUAUCGCCAAACAUGUGUACGACAACUGGCCGAUGGACUGGGAAGAGGAACAAGUCAGCAGUCCAAACAUCCUGCGGCUUAUUUACCAAGGACGGUUUUUACACGGCAAUGUGACGCUAGGAGCAUUAAAACUUCCUUUUGGCAAGACAACAGUGAUGCAUCUGGUGGCUCGGGAGACGUUGCCAGAACCCAACUCUCAAGGUCAGAGGAAUCGCGAAAAGACUGGCGAGAGCAAUUGUUGUGUGAUCCUGUAAGCGGUGUCUGAUGUGUCGUCCAAGUGUGCUGUAAUAUAGUCUUUGUCUUACCUGCUGCUGGAAUAGAAGAGAGCCAACACUGCUUCCGGCACCCUUAGGAGCAGAGCGCAGCCUGCCCAUAGAUGACGGACCUGAACUCUCCCAGGAACGCCGUCACCCUCCCUCUGGGAAGAAGGGAAAUAACCAGAACCUUUCCCGUCAUGAUCCUUUUCGUUCCUCUUCUGGUGUCGAGGUGGAAACGCCUCACCACACGUGGGUUUCCCAGUGCAGUCGAUCGCCGGGAAAGAGUGAGCGUUCUCUUCCGUGGCAGAAACCCUCCUGCCGCCCCAGAAAUCUUCACGACCAGAGCGAGCGAACCAGGCGUCCCAGACGCGAUUUGCACUAAAAAUGGCUGGCUUUUUUGGUUUUUUUAAAUCCCUCCCCUCCUCAGCAGAAUCAGUAACGAUAGCCGAGGCCCCCCCCGAGAAACGGCCCACCCCACACGAUUCCGCGCUGGGAAACGCUCAAUUAGCAGCCGACUCAGAGCCUAAAAUAAAUCAGUUCAUAAGCAGGUAAAUCAAUAAACCAAACCGGGUAAGGAAACUAAUGCUGUCGAUGAGUUUUACUGAUACGUCAACUUUGGUGGCUGGCCUGCCCUGGCCCGGGAUACUAUUACCGGACUAAACUGAGCACGACUCCAUUUCCCCCCGCAGCAAUUGAGAAAACGCAACGUGCCUGUUAUUUCCAAAUCCUCGGCGGAGGGCCGUGGAGACGAAUCCUUUUUCUCUAGGGCCGGCGCUCUUUGGGCGUAUUCCAGUGGAGAGCUCCUUCGGUCAGCACAGACCAGGGCAGAGAGUACAUAGCCUUAGCCUUAAUAUGGGAGGGGGAUUUCCUGUAGGCUUUUGUUACUGUGCAUAAAUAGUAGGCGAAUCUCAUUUACCGAUCAAUUUUCUGUACUUGAAGAUCCAGAAAAAAAAAAGGAUGUUUUUCCGUCAUCCUGACUCCCCCGAACCUUAGCGUCCGGUGUCCCGCUUACUCAUUAGAGACUUCAAAGGAAUUCUUAAGAUUAAAGGAAAAAACUCUUCGCCAUAGUUUUGUUUCUUUAUGUACUCUGCGUUUGGUAUUAGUGCUUGCAGUUGUAUUAAAAUCAGAAGCUGAUCCCCCCCCCACCCUCCCCGAAGGGCAUGUGUAGUUAAAAUGAUGCCGCCAUUUUAUUUCCUACCAAUAAUUUAAAAGUUGAUAUGCUAAAGAAAUUUGCACAGCACUAAAGCAUGAGCUAGUUUCAUCUAAACCUGUAAAAAUAUAAAAGAUUUUAUAUUUUUUUUUCCCUCUGGGGAGAAAUUCUUCCCGAGUGAAAUUACAAAUACGUGUAGAGUAUAUUUAAUAAAAAUCUUAUAAAAUACUUAACUCUAGGACUCACAUAUAGAUUGGCGUGUAGCGUAUUAGAACGAUGUUCCAUAGAAAUAGCCAAGCCGGCGCGCGAGGAGCCUAACUCUCCACGGCCCUUUCGGGCGUUAGGUGGAAUCGUUUUCCAGUGGUCAGGAAAUAAGAAUAAUCAGAUUAUUUUGUUCAUCGUUAUCGCUUCGACGAAGAGGCUUUACACCCACCAGGGCUACAAGAGUACCGUUCCUACCGAUCAGGACGGGAUUUGUCUAGAGGAGGGUUUUAGGACAAAAUGUAAAUAGAGCUGAACGUUUUCUUCCAGCAACCUGUACCGAUAGACUUUGCCCGUCUGUAAACGAAAUAAAAGAAUAUCGCGGUUGGUGCCGGUGGCCGGCCCCGCGCGCGGCCGAGCAUCGCAGCGUGGGCCUCGAUACCGGACGGGCCGCGGCCGUCUCCUUCGGGCGGUGGUUGGCCGUGACGGAACGCUAUUGAUUCUUCAUGUGCUCCCAGUGACUCUGUUCUGGGUUAUUUCUGCCCAGUAGAUACUUGGAAAAGAUGAUGUAGUCUGUGCUAUUAUUAAAGAUAAUAUAUUCGCAGUUGCUAAAUAUCGUUCUAAUGUGAAUCCUGUUAACGGAGGCUUAUGAAGACUGGUGACUGGCAGUACUUACCGGAUUGCAUUCAUCCCGAUAACGGUUUAGUUGGUUUGUUGUUUUUUUUUAAAAAAAAAAAUUUUGGCAAGCCGUUGGUAACGAUUAAAUAAUGCACAUCUAUGGUCCUCA